AUGUACGUGCCCGCCGUGCUACGCAAGACCGUGGACGAGACGCUUGGCGAGGGCGCCGGCUCGGGCGACCUGCUCGGCGGCCCGGCCGACCCACGCGCCGUCGAGCCGGGCUCCUCGGCGACUUCCGUCAAGUCCGUCGACCUGGCCUACUCCGGCGAGCGCAGCGCGUCGCCGGGGCCACCGCCGCAGACCGGGCCGUACACCUUGAACAGGAGGCAGUACGACUACGUCUCGCGGGCGGCGCCCACGCGGAGACACUGGCUCAAGGACGAGGCUGUCAGCGAGUGCGGCAUCGACGCCUGCCACAAGAAGUUCAACUUCUUCGAGAGAAGGCACCACUGCCGCAAGUGCGGCGGCAUCUUCUGCAAAGAGCACACCUCGCACUAUCUCUACAUCAACCACUUGGCCCAGUUCACGACGGGCGGACGCGGCACCUUGUCUCGCGUGUGCGACAAGUGCAUCGGCGAGUACAACGAUUUCAUCACGCACGAGUUCGGUGCCGCCUUCCAGCCCCCUCUGUCCAGGGACCUGCUUCCUCGGCCGGCGUUCAGCAAGACCGACUACCGCAAGGAGAUCUUCGCUCCGAAGAUGAGCGGCAAUGUCCCCAUGAAGCUGGCGCAGCCGGACGAGGAGAAUGGCGCCGCGGACCAGCUCGUCGGCUCUGUGCCGGCAAACUGGAGCUGGUCGUCGUUCUGA